CGCUCGCUACUUGGAUCCUCAGUGCAUUGCCACAAUGCGCAGCUUCGCUCUUGUUUCACUAUUGGCUCUGGCUGCGAGCGUCGGAGCAACCCUCGAUCCAGCGGACACGAACACCAAGGGGAAGUAUCCCAGCAACCCAAGCUGCUCACCUGUGAAGACAUCCAAUGCCAUCCAGGCUGCCGAAUGCUCUCACAACACUCGCACAUCAAAGCAGACCUUCGCCGUCUUCACUACCGAUCACCAGUAUGACAAGGUCAACGGUGCGCCAUACGGCACUUGCAUGGCGUAUAACUGCGAUUCUGGAACUUCCAUGACCGACAGUGCGGAUGCCUGGACGUUCUUCUGGAGUGAUGCUGGGGAAAGUGAGGGCGAAGGUGUAGGAUGCAUCAAGAAUCCCGACGAUGGUGUAUGUGGAUGCGAGAACUCGGACGGCACGUUUGUUCCUGGUGGUUCAGACUGUGUAUAG